UUUUUGAAGUAUGUCACAGCCAAAUAACGACAAACCCGAUCGAACGACGCGAGUUAACUUAAUUAAUACCGGUCUCCCGACUUUUCCCUUGUACAUCGUUCCACGGCAGCUGCUCGCUUUCGGGUUCAUCAAUUGAUUUCCCAUGGCAUCCGAUAUCUUACUCCCAGGUCAACCGGUAUCCCCCUCUCGUGGUCCAAUACCAAAACUUGGAGGAGGUUUAUACUUAAAAGAUGGGCAAGUUAGAGCGAGCCUAGUUGGUGUCGCACAUUACGAAGGAUCUACCCUGGCAAUAUCUCGCGUACGAGCACAUCCACCGGCAGAAAAUUCGGUCGUACUAGGGACCGUCACUCGUCUGUCACCUUUGCAGGCGAUGGUAUCCAUUUCAGUUGUUGAUGGUGUUCCUCUACCGGCUGGUGAAGAAUUUAAUGGUGUCAUACGCACUCAAGAUGUUAGAGCUACCGAGAAAGACAAGGGUGUAGUGAUUUCUCUUGGUGAUGCUCGCAGUUACUACAUCACUACUGCACGCAACGACCUCGGUGUCAUUUUUGCCACCAGUGAAGCUGGGGCAUCAAUGGAUCCUGUUUCGUGGCAAGAAAUGAGGUGUCCUAAGACAGGUCGAAUAGAAAAGCGCAAGUGCGCGAAACCUGAGACUUUGUAAAUUAGAUCUUUGCAUUAUGUAAUCAAAAUGUGGCACGGGUCAACCAAAU